AACUGUCGAGGUCAAAAUGAAGUUAUUGACAGGCCUCAACGUGUGUCGUCAGCUUCUGGGUGUGCAGACGUACUUUUUUUUACUUCUGGAAAAAACUGGAAAAGCUACAAGUGGCGCAGAGGAAUGACAGUCAUUGUGGUGACGGCUGCAGUGGUGACUGUAUCACCUGGUUUUUCAUACACCGCUGAGAAGCCCUGAGUGUUAGACUGGGUGAACUUUGGGUCGCUGGUGCUCGGCGAACGCUAACAGGUGUCACAAAGCUGCCUUCAGCCUAAUGGAGGACUCCAAGCAGCUUUUGGCUGCCAGGUCAGAGGAGAGUCAGCGAAAUGGCUGCUGCGGCUUAGAUACAAAGACGGUGGAGGAUUUUAGACGGAGGCUCAAAUACUUCUUCAUGAAUCCCUGCGAGAAGUACAGAGCCAGGGGUCGGAAACCAUGGAAACUGACGAUACAAAUAUUAAAAAUUGCAAUCACUACUAUCCAGUUGGUGUCUUUUGGACUGAGUAAUGAAAUGAUGGUGACUUUCAAGGAUGAAAAUUUGAUGACAUUCAGGAAUCUGUUUCUCAAAGGAUACAAGGAUCACCGGCACGGAAGCCUUUCCCUUUAUACCAAAAGAGAUGUGAAUGAGCACAUUCACUACAUUAUCAACAGGUAUACCAAUCUCCAAAACCUGACUGUAGGUAAUCUUGCAUAUGAGCUCAUUAAUGGCGACUACACUCCUCUGACUUUGUGUCAAGUGUUUUAUAGAAACAGCACCAUCGAUCCUGAAAACGACACCUUUGAUAUUGAUCCGCAUAUUGAUAAAGACUGUAUUUCCAUACACCCUAUGCAAUCAUUGAGCAACGACACUCUGGCAACGCAUCCCAACUUCUCUUUGGAUUUCAGAAGGCUGCUAUCUGUGAACAUCUACCUAACUCUGAAAACCAUCAAUCUGCAGACUGUGCGGCACCACGAGCUACCAGACUGUUAUGACUUCCACAUAGUGAUCGUUUUUGACAAUCGUGCACACAGCGGAAAGAUAAAGGUUGAUAUUGAAAAUGAUGUUAGAAUUUAUGAAUGCAGUGACUGGAACGUGGAAGGCACAUCUGGGAAGAACGAUUAUCUCCUCUUGUCGUUUGAUUCUGUGGUCUUCCUCGCCUGUUUCGCCUCUCUCAUCCUCUGCAUACGAUCUGUCGUCCAUGGCAUCCAGCUCCAGUUUGAGUUCAGCAUAUUUUUCAGUGCCUACUACAAUAAAACUGUGUCCUGGUCAGACCGCAUGGAGUUUGUGAAUGGCUGGUACAUCCUCAUUAUUGUCAGUGACAUAAUGACCAUCACUGGAUCAGUGCUGAAAAUUGGAAUACAAACAAAGUUCUUAACAAACUAUGACGUCUGCAGUAUCUUGCUGGGAACAGCCACGAUGCUUGUCUGGGUUGGUGUGAUUCGUUACCUGAGUUUCUUCAAGAAGUACAAUAUCUUAAUCUUAACCUUGAGGGCGGCAUUGCCCAACGUGUUUCGAUUCUGCGUCUGUGCAGCCAUAAUCUACCUCGGGUACUGUUUCUGUGGGUGGAUCGUCCUUGGACCUUACCACGACAAAUUCAGAACACUGGCUAAAGUGACAGAGUGCCUCUUCUCUCUCCUCAAUGGUGAUGAUAUGUUUUCCACCUUUCUGAGGAUGAGAGACAAAACCUACAUGGUGUGGCUCUUCAGCAGACUCUACCUCUAUUCCUUCAUCUCUAUCUUCAUCUACAUGGUGCUCAGUCUGUUCAUUGCUCUUAUCACUGACACGUACGAAACCAUCAAGCAUCAUCAGAAAGACAAGGAGCCAGUGUCCCAGCUUCAGGCCUUCAUUGCAGAGUGCAUAGAUCAGCCUGAGUCUGGACGAUACCAGAAUACUGACGAGUCGACCUGCUGCAUGUUUUCAAGUGGUUGCUUUGGAUAACAGGGUGUAGUAUCAUCUUUUUGCCAAGUGUGAGCAACGGGUUGCCCUCAUGUGACUGCAAAAUGCCCCACAGGGUCCUGAGAGUCUGUAUAGAGCCUUUGUUAACACUAUUGGGUGAUAGUGAUGGAAUAUCUUCCAACUUAAACAGAUGUACUUUUACUUGAGUUCUGACUUUUUUAGAACUAGUAAAUUAGCAAAGUUCCUAUGUUAAGGACAUGCUGAUAUUAUAUGGCCACAUUAUAAACCAAUGUAACAUCAAUAUCAAGCAUUGCCGUAUAAAUAUGUCAAAUAAUAUUCUCUUCUUGCCAGUGUUGCAUUCAAACAUGGAGGGCAGAUGUCUCAGACAUUAGUGGAGAAAAACACUAAGAAGAACUUCCUUCUGGCUACACAACAACGAUGUAACUUGGCGAUCUUUUAUAUACAAGCACUUAAGGAGAAAAUUUAAACAUCUUUCUAUUUUCAUAAUCAUUUAUCCAACUUGGAGUCUUCCUACCCUAGCUGACAUUGGUUGAACAGUGGGGUUCACCCUGGACAGGUCGCUAGUCCAUCACAGGGUCAACACAGAGAGAAAAACAAUCAUUCACACUCACAUUAGCACAUAUGGCCAAUUUAGAAUCACCAUUAACCGAACAAGCACAUCUUUGGACUGGGAGUAAACUGGAGCACUUGGAGGAAAUCCACAUAGGGAGAACAUGCAAAGUCCAACAGAGGGUACAAACCCAGAACCUUCUCACUGUGAGGAAACCAUGCUAAAAGAUGCAACUCUCAAAUAAACUUCACAACUUAAAUGCAAA